GUGGUGUGUAUUUGCAUGAAACCACGAGCAAGUGUACACAUGCUUGUGAGUGUGUGUUACUACGUGUGACUCUGCUUUAUUGCAGCUUGCGCCUGUAAAAGUGGAGCACUGAUGUCACACGAAAAACAAGGUGGGGAGCUAUAAAGGCUGAAAUCUAACAUCCUCCAUCCUGUGUUGAAGUGUACAUGUGGACAGGGUCACAUCGAGGAAAUAUUUGCGCAAGGCAAGGUUCUUCCACCUUCAGAAAUUGUACGUCUCAGCAUUUGGGGUUUCAAGACGAUCACAAUGUGUUCUGGGGGCUUUGCCAAGUGUCUGGGGAUCAGUUUGAUACCCCUGGUAAUUGUGUGUGUGCUCUGCAACAUCCUUCUCUUCUUUCCUGGUGGGGAGAUCAUAGACAAGGACAAGAUCACUGAAGAGGUGUGGUACUUUGGAGGAAUUCUUGGCUCUGGAGUUUUGAUGAUUUUCCCUGCCCUGGUCUUCCUUGGUCUGAAGAACAAUGACUGCUGUGGUUGCUGUGGCAAUGAAAGCUGUGGGAGGAGGUUUGCGAUGCUGAAUUCCAUACUGUUUGCAGCUGUGGGUCUUGUCGGAGCCGGUUACUCGGUUAUAGUUUCAGCUGUUGCCAUUAACCACGGACCCAAAUGUCUGACUCUAGUAAACGAGACACAAACGUGGACUUAUCCCUUCAACGAUGGUGACUACCUGACCGACUCGAACAUGUGGUCAAAAUGUAUCGAGCCAGUUGGUGUGGUGUCAUGGCAUCUCUCGCUGUUCUCCGUUCUGCUUGUCAUGGGUUUAAUCCAGAUUGCGCUUUGCGCUGUGCAAGUGAUAAAUGGGCUGCUGGGAGCUCUAUGUGGUGACUGCUGUGGCUGUUGUGGUGCGAAUGACGGAGCUGUGUGAACAGUUGUCGUGGCUGAGAUCAUCUUUGGACAGAAAUUUCCUCUGUAUUUAUUCUAUUUUUAGAGUUUAGCAAAAAGACUAAUUGAUUACAGUGUAAUGUAUAUGAUGUCACAACAUUGUUAAGAAUUUAUAACUGGUGUAAUGUAUGUUAUUUUUAAUUGCUUAUUUGCUGUGCGAUAUAAUUGAUAUUUUGAAUUAAUGAAAAAUAAAUGUUAUUUUUUUACAUGCAUAAUGCAUGACUCUGCCAGUCUCAAAAAGCAAGCCAUAUGACCUAAUACAUCUUGAUUCUUGGAGGAAACUUGUUAUGACUGUCCCCUGGUGUUCACUUUUGGUGUUGCUGGUAUAAUUUGUGAGUGUUUGCACCUAAUGGAAAUCAUCAUAUGUGUUCAAGCACCAGCAAGUUGCACAAAAUAAAAAUAUGUUUCCAUUAA